CAGCGAUCUUCACCACGAAUCCCCCUUCGCUCCGGAUGUCGUCGAUCGUACGCGUCAUCGCGCGUCGUCUGCGUCGUCCAUAAUAAUUAUCUGUCUGUCGAGAAGACAAGAACCACUCGGAGUAGUUGACCAGCGCGUGAUAAUCAUUCCGAUGACGAUAACGGCGACGAGUUCGAAGCAAGGCCCUAAGCGGUCCAAGUGGGCCCUGGACUUUGCUCACAGAACGAAACAGGACAAAAAUGUAGAAAUACCGUCUCCGCCGGGGUACACACCUACCGGUUCCCUCUUUCACAACGUGGAGUACAUGAGGGAGUCCGACUCAAAUCACCUAAUAAUAAAGAAGUCCUGGGACCUGGCGCUCGGACCUCUCAAGCAAGUGCCCAUGAACCUGUUCAUCUUGUAUAUGGCAGGCAGUUCUGUCUCGAUAUUUCCCAUCAUGAUGGUUGGAAUGCUCAUCAUCAAGCCGGUUAAGGCGCUGUUCACCCUCCAGCAAACGUUCAAAGUGAUCGAGGGUACACAUGCGUGUGGGCAGAAGUUCGUGUAUUUCCUAGGACAGUUAGUGAAUAUCGCGUUAGCGCUGUAUAAGUGCCAGUCGAUGGGCCUACUGCCGACGCACGCGUCCGACUGGCUGGCGUUCGUCGAGCCCCAGAUGAGGGUGGAAUACUCCGGCGGAGGUUUCAUGUACAUUUGAUGCGAAGGGGUUGGCGGCUGGUGGUCGGUACUGUAAGUAUUCGGCAUCGUGCGCGGCCACCUGGACCGUGAAUUACAUAGCUAAAUUAUUGUAACUACACCAUGGACAUGCGUGUCAUGCAUUUAAAUAUUGUUUAUUAUUAAAAUAAAAGUAUGGAAAAAUAA